CCCCAACGAAUCCUCCGAGGGCAUUGUGAUGGAAACAAUUCACAUCGCCGACAAAUCUCGCUCCGAGGGAAGAAGCCCUAGCCCUUACUCAUCACCUCAGAAGUCUCUCAUCAAUGACGACCCGCAAGCACCGGGGCAGCAUCGAGGCGCCACCCAGAGGCUGUCGUGGCUGUCAUCAUGGUGGGAGGAAACCAUCAUAUCCAUUUUGAGCAUCGCAUGUCUGGUCGGGUUGAUGGUGCUGCUGGGCCAGCUGGACGGCAUGACCUACGCCAACUGGGCAUACCGAGUCUCCCCGAACGCUGUCAUCUCGAUAGUGACAACCGCCGAUCGAGCGACAUUAUUGUUCCCGGUCGGAGUUUGUCUCAGCCAGUUCAAGUGGAAUCAAUAUCACCGGCAGCAGCGACUCGACAAUCUGCAAGUGGUGGACCAAGCCAGUCGAGGGCUGUUGGGCUCUCUCCGACUCGUCACUACCACCCGGCCCAGUCUCGCCACGUUGGGGGCCAUUGUCUUGAUUCUUUCGGUUGCCAUCGAUCCUUUAGCCCAGCAGAUUCUCACAUUUCCAUCCCGCGUGGUUUCGGCUUCCAACGAGACCGCGUCCGCCCAGACCGCACUGGUAUACUUGCCCAGCGAUCCAAAUACAGACAGCACCAUGAGCCUCACGGUCCUCGGCAGCACCUAUGGGUCCAGCAGCUCCCAGGAGCCAGUCUGUAGCACCGGAUCGUGCCAUUACCCCGACUUUGUUGCCCUGGGAGCAUGCAGUCAAUGCCAGGACGUCACCUCGCAGACCAAGCAGAGUUGCAGCGCGCUUUCCUCCAACACUACCUUGGGGGGUGAAUCAAUCAAUAGCACCGGGCUUGGAUCUGCAGCGGUCAAUUGCACCUAUACCACCCCGGGAGGUCUACAAAUCACCCCCACGGUUUACUCCCUGGUGAACUCCCCAGAAUACGUCGACUUCACCAAACACGAGUGGACAUUCUCCACCACCGGAGUCGGGGAUCUCAAUCUCAGCGAUUCCCAAGGACCUCACUAUGCCGGAAUACUGAACCCUGUCGUGGCCCUCGCGGUGGCUAACUAUAGUAACCCUGAGAUGGUGUACACCAAGGACAAUCUCACCGCGCUGGAACAGAAGCCCAAAGUGAGCGAAUGCGCGCUCUAUCUCUGUGCCCAGAAGUAUGCGAACAACACGUACAGCUCUGACCAUCGAUCGUUGGCGCCCUCUGAGACGGAGCAGCUGUUUGUCAAUCACACCUUUCAGAUGUUCGGUAUCAACAACCUAUCCACCUCAAGCAAUGACUCGGCUAGCUUUGCCUCAGCACACUCCUAUAGUAUGCAGGGUAUUACCAUUCUUGAAAUCUUGAACUCUUUCCUGUCAACAAUCACCCUCAUGGACAAGAUUGAUGCAGGCUGGACGGCAUCUUUGCAAGAUGGCGAUGGUGCUAGCCCAGUCAUGAAGAAAAUCGCCACUGGCAUCACAGACGCUAUUCGAUCCGGACCGAACACUACCACUGUGACUGGGGAAGCGUUCACCACGCAGACAUACAUAUCCGUGAGAUGGUAUUGGGCUGUUGCUCCGAUUGUCAUCACUGUAAUGUCGAUAAUGUUUCUGAUUGCGAUGAUUAUCCAUACUGGUCGUGCCAAGGGAGUGGGAGUGUGGAAGUCCUCUGCGCUUGCCUUGUUGGCCUGCAGAUUGAAACAAGGGACAGAAUAUCCGGAUAUGCAUGCCCUGGGGGCAACCGAGAUGGAAACAAUAGCCAAGAGGAUGCAUGUCUCGUGGGAUAAGGAUGAACCGUUGACUUUGUCGGUUAAACCUACUGGAGAGGUGCGGCAUGUUUAACCCAUUGAUGACAGGACUGGGUCAGUUUUUGUAUGAUGGGGAAUUUGGCUAUUAGUUGCCUGAGGCGUUGUCGGUAGCUCGUUGGUUACAUGUGAUGAUUAACGUUCAUAUACCCAUAGCCCAUGAGUGAGGUUCAUAUAGUAUUCGGUC